GCUUAUAUAAGUCAGUUAUGAGUUAUGAUAUUCAAUUCUACUAUUAAAUGGAAGAAUUAUUCGUCGUUGUAUAAAUAUUCAAUAGAUAAUAUUCCUUCCGUGAAACUCUCAGUUCAGUGAUCAACGAAAAUUCAUGCUGUUGGCAACAGUGCAAUACACAAAACAACGCCAGAAUUUGCUAGAAGCAAAGAGGAAACUUUGCUAGAAGAAAGGCAGAAAAGUUCAAUUUCGCAUUACGGAGGGUGGAAAUUUCCUUUCAGAAGAAGCAAAUAUGCCGGUAAGGGUGGAUAGUGUGCCUCCCCCACCGGCCAAUUCAAAACAGCCGGGAAUUGCGAAAACUUUACUGUAUAAUGGCUCAAAAUUCCAAGGGUUCCAAAAGUCCAAAGGCAGUUCCUAUGAAGUCGAAGUGGUUUUGCAGCAUGUUGAUGAGGAAAAUUCUUAUCUCUGUGGAUACCUACAAAUAAAUGGGCUUACAGAUGAAUACCCUACAUUGACAACAUUUUUCGAUGGAGAAAUUAUAAGUAAAAAAUAUCCAUUUUUAACUAGAAAAUGGGAUGCAGAUGAAGAUGUUGACAAGAAACAUUGGAGUAAAUUUUCUUCCUUUGCCCAAUUCUCAAAAACUUUCAACUCUGAUACGUUUGAUUAUAAAGCUUUGGCAGAUACAGAUUUUGUAUUCAUGAGGUGGAAGGAACAUUUCCUGGUACCAGACCACACCAUUAAAGACAUCAGCGGUGCUUCCUUUGCUGGAUUUUACUACAUUUGUUUCCAAAAAUCCACUGCUACAAUUGAAGGUUAUUAUUACCAUAGGAGUUCUGAGUGGUAUCAAUCCUUGAACUUAACACAUGUGCCUGAAAACAGUAUACAAAUCUAUGAAUUCAGGUGAAUCAUCUCUGAAUUUUCACCUUCCAGAAGUAACAGACAGCAAAUUUUGCAAGGUAUUUUAGGUGUUCUACGAUUUUACUUGAUAUUUCUUUUUACCCUGUUAUCACUGCUAUCUACGUUAGAAUAGUAAGAGUUGGAAAUCAAUUAAGGGUCAUAACAAAAACUGACAGCAGUGAAUAAUUUUGACAUUGCUUAAAACCUGUCAAAUAAUUGUGAUGAGAUUCAAAAUUGAUUCAGCGACUUUCCAAAUUCCAAUCGAUCAGGUUGAGUUGUUACCAUUUCCAAUUAAUUGCCUGAAUUUGAACUAUGUGAAAAUAUUUCUUAUUUACAAUUUCUUGAGAAUUUUCUGUUACAUAAUCCAAAAUUUUAAAUUGAGUUGUAGAAGUUCUUUCAUGUUGAUUUUAAUGGCUUUUCUUGAAAAGUUAAACCAUUGUUUCUUAAUUUUAUUGACGAUUGUUAUUGUUAGUGGAAUUUAUUUCAAAAGUUGAUAAGGGUUUGAAAGUGAAGAUUUGGAAAAGAUUUAAGAAUAAUGUUCUUGGUUGUGAUAUGUCAAGUAAAAAAAUUUUUAGCUUCAGAUAUAUAACCCUCUACAAUUGUAAAUUCACCCAUUUAACGACUAUUUCUAGCUCAGUAUUAAUCAUAUCAAAAAAAAACAGUGAGUCUUUCUUUAAACAUUUAGAGGCAGAUUUUUAUUUUUGCAUGCUUUAUUUUUCCCCAUCAAUUAUUGUAUAUAUUUAUAUAUCCGUAAUGUACUCUGACUAUUAUGUAUACAAUCUGUCUGGUUUACAUUUAUCAUCAUUCUAUACAUUGACAAAUUUUAUUUGGAUUCAACUUUUUUCAAAUGGAAUUUCUUUCACACUUGAAAUUUUAGUCGAUCAUUACUUGAAGUGGUUAUUAUUUUCUUUGUCCAGUGCAUAUAAUCAUUAUGUAUAUUGUGUACAAACUGCAUAUAUUUUUUUUGAAUUGUUUUCAAUUCUGACUUUGGUUGAAAUAAAUUAUUUUUCCUAA